GUAAACAAGAGCUCGUUAUCCACGCUACCUCAGUCGGGCAACCAGGGGCAGGUGUCCUUCUCGUUAAUGUCUGACGUGUUGGUGGAGAGUUUAGAUUUUAAUGUAUUUAAAAGCCUGUUUUUAGGGGAGGGGGGUCAUCGUGAGAAUGAGUAGUGUAAAGAGCACCGACGACUACUUUCGUUGUGCGAGUUGUCUCCUAGCUUAAACCGACCGCUGUUCGCCUUCUAAGUGAGGACGUCUUUAAUGUGUCGUUUUUCUUCAAUUACACAAGCCGUCCGUUUGUUGCCCCCAUCUGACACUUGAGUCGGAAGCGCCGCGACGAGGAGGAGCAUCCCACUGGUGUUUAUUACACGCCGUGGACGAAGCCAAGUCGAGACGAGACAAGAGUGGGACAGGAGACAACAUGUUCGAGACGAGAGGAAUCCCCUUCGUGGUGCUCGACGUCGUAUGCCUGGUGCUUGCUGGACUCCCAUUCGUAAUACUCACUGCGCAACACAAACCUUUCCGCCGAGGCUUUUUCUGUAAUGAUGAUUCAAUCAAGUACCCGCUUAAAGAGGACACCAUUUCCUAUCAGUUGUUAGGAGGUGUCAUGAUUCCACUCACAGUGCUCACUAUGAUCGUUGGCGAGUGCCUCUGCGUUCAUCUCAAGCGCCUCAAGUCCAAGUCGUCGUUCGGCAGUUACGUAGCCCGCGUGUACAAGGCGGUCGGCACCUUCCUCUUCGGCGCCGCCAUGAGCCAGUCGCUGACGGACAUCGCCAAGUACUCCAUCGGCCGCCUCCGGCCGCACUUCCUGGACGUGUGUAAGCCUGACUGGGAGAACAUCAACUGUUCGGUGGGAGAUUACGUAGAAAACUUCACCUGCAGCGGAGACCCCACCAUGGUCAACGAGGGCAGGUUGUCCUUCUACUCGGGCCACUCAUCAUUCUCCAUGUACUGCAUGUUGUUCCUGGCGCUGUACCUGCAGGCUCGUCUGCAGGUGGAGUGGGCCCGCCUGCUGAGGCCAACCCUCCAGUUUUUCCUCAUCGCCGCCUCCGUGUACACGUGCUUGUCCAGGGUGUCCGACUACAAGCACCACUGGAGCGACGUGCUGGCGGGCCUCCUGCAGGGGGCGCUCAUGGCCAUUCUGGUGGUCUUUUGUGUGUCCGACUUUUUCAAGCAGCCUUUGGAUUCCUGCAAGGAGGUGGACAUCCCCCACACCAGCCUCCAGGAGACCCCAACAAACGGAAACCACUUUGAGAGUCCCAACUAAAGCCGAAAUGCUCACCUCAGAUGGUAGUUCUCCAGCUUUGUCAUCGCCUGCAUGCGGAGCGUGUUUUAUAUUUUGAUUUUAAUGGCUAAGGACUGUGAGGAUGGCUAAGAAUUUAGCAUGAAUCUACUGAGUGGGUGGGAAGAUUGUACUGCAUGCACCCACUGGAAGGCAGGACUAGACCACUACAAGGAGGGCAGGGGGUAUGAAACCUGUGAAUGUAAGCCUGCUUUGAGCAUUUCAUUUUUUUUUUACUGGCAGUCGAUCUGCUUAAAGCGCCUUCACUGAGGUUCACUUUGAGGUCAACUACUGCACGUCCAUUAAAGGGCUAAUUUAAAGAAUGUCGCCAUCUCACACAUCCAGAUGCUCUUUCUGCCAUCUUGACCAGAACGAGUAAUGAAGACAAAGAAUGGAGGGGUUAGUUAGCGUCCUGAGAUGCCUUCUUCAUGUGCUGCCGUGUAUCUCCAAGAAUGUUAAUAUAAACACCACUAUGUAUGUUUGUGUGGUCUGUAUGGCAACUGUCUAGCAUACAGACAUUUAUUGAAAAAGUUAAAUAUGUACAAAUGUCUAAAAGAAGAAGAAAAAAAACCAGGAAAAAUAAAGCCAUUUCACUUAAUAACAAAA